AUGCCUGCAACAGGUCACAAGCCAGCAGUGACACUCUCCGGCGGUGAUGCUGUCCGGAAGGAUUCAAUUCAAAAGCAACCUGCCCCAUUUGAACCAAAAUUACUCUGGGACAGAGCGUACGACAACCUCAGAGGAGACCAUCCUGGGUUGGUGGAAGCUUAUGAGAGGGUUCUGUCUUUUGAACUAUCUGGGACACCUACGGCCUCAGCAUCCAAAUAUCAGCAAAACAUGAUUGAGCAGAAGGAUAAAGAGGCACGACGAUCUCAGAUGAGACAGCUUAUUGACAAGGGUCUGGCCAAGACUGAGCUUGAGGCCAAGGUCAAACAGGGCGCUGGACAUGUGGUGGACGUUGUUUUUGCUUCAAACCAUAUGAUAAGCACUGCACUUAAAGGCUGCCCAGAAGCUGCUCUUGCAUGGACCGGUGUUACUUUUGCUUUACAGAUGAUAGCCAACCCUAUUAAGGAGACAGAAACUAACCGUGCUGGCAUUGACUAUGUUGCUAGAAAGAUGGACUGGUACUGGAGCUUGUCUAGCCAUCUACUCAAGGAGCGGGACCUGGAAAGCAAAGAUUAUGCAGGACUGCAAUCUGGGCUGGAGGGCCAGAUCAUCCAUCUGUACAAGGUACUCCUCUCAUAUCAGAUGAAGAGCGUUUGCUCGUACUAUCGGAACCGGGGCCUUGUCUUCCUCAAAGACCUUGUGCAGCUUCAUGACUGGGAAGGGCAAAUGAAUAACAUCGGAGAAGCGGUAACAGCGAUUUUUGAAAGCUCUCAGGAGUACAGUACCCAACAAAUUGUGGAUUUUCAGGAGCAAGAAAUGAGGACUUUGCGUGACAUCCACCACACCCUCCAGAAGCAAACGUUGAUGCAAGGGGAUUCUCAAGGGCAAGCCAAAAAAGAUCAAGAGGAAGAGAAAGACAGAGAAUGUCUGAAGGAUUUGCGCCUGACAAAUCCUGAAGAUGAUAUGAAGCGUAUUGAAGACAGCAAAGAUCCAUUGCUGCAUGAAUCCUUUGUAUGGAUUCUCAGCCACCCUUGCUUUAUAGAGUGGACAGAUGAGAAGAUGACCCAGCUCCUGUGGAUCAAGGGUGAUCCAGGCAAGGGGAAGACAAUGCUUCUGAUAGGCAUCAUUAAGGAAUUAUCAAGCUCCCCUCAUAAGUCCAGACACCUGUCUUUUUUCUUCUGUCAAGCAACCGAUGCAAAACUCAACAAUGCCACAGCGGUUCUGAGGGGCUUGGUUUACCAUAUGCUUGUUCAACAACCCUAUCUCAUCUCACACCUUCGUAAAGAAUACGACACGGCAGGGCCCAAGUUAUUUGAGGAUGGCAAUGUAUUCCCUUCAAUGUCCCGAAUCUUUAACAACAUGCUUCAGGACCCCAGUCUCAAUCAAGUGUAUUUGGUGGUGGAUGCUCUUGAUGAAUGUCAGUCUGGAUUGGAGCAACUUUUGAACUUCAUUAAUGAAACUUCCGCACACCCACAUUGUCAGGUCAUGUGGCUUGUGUCCAGCCGCAACAGACUUGACAUCCAAGAGCGUUUGUGCACUGAAAAGGGAAAAAUACAGCUUAAUCUGGAACAAGAUGCAGAAAGUCGGGUUUUUGAUGCUGUCAGCGCCUAUAUCGACCAUAAGGCUUCUAAACUAGCCCAACUGAAACAAUAUAAGAGCAAGGUUCAAGCUGACGUGCGGGACUACCUGCAUAAGAACUCAUCUGGCACAUUUCUAUGGGUGGCUCUUGUUUGCAAACAAUUAGAAAGUACUGUACGCUUGAGAACACUUGAAAUACUCAGGUCAUUCCCACCCGGACUGCAACCCCUUUACCAACGAAUGCUCGAUCAAAUUCACAUCCAGUGUGAUAGCAAAGUCUCUGUGUUGUGCAAGCAAGUCCUUGCUGUCAGUGCACUUGCAUAUCGACCAAUACACUUGAAAGAGCUUAUUGCUAUUGCUUGUCUGCCAGAGGAAGUUACUAGUGAUCAAGAUGAUAUCAAAGAUGUGGUUGACCUCUGUGGUUCUUUUUUGAGUGUUCAGAAUGAAACCAUUUACUUUGUUCACCUAUCAGCAAAGGACUACAUUUUGCAGUAUGCAAGCGUUGAGAUAUUCCAUCAUGAGUGUGCAGAAGUACAUUGCAUGAUAGUAUUGCAGUCACUUGAAUCCAUGUCACAGAUUCUGAGACGGAAUAUUUAUAAUCUGCAGCAUCCAGGAUUUUGCAUUACAGAUGUUCAUCCCCCUUUGGAAGACCCGCUUGCAUCAAUCCAAUAUGCGUGUGUAUAUUGGGUUGACCAUCUCCAUGAAAUGGGAAGCAGUCACAGUGGAAUGUUCCUCCAUGAAAAUGGACCUGUGAAUGUCUUUCUCAAGAAGCAUCUUCUACACUGGCUGGAAGCUUUAAGCCUUAUGAAGAGCAUGUCAAAUGGCGUGUCUGCAAUAACUAAGCUACUCAGCUUGGUCACAUGUGUGCCACAAGAGUCUAAUCUUUCCAAGCUGGUUCAGGAUGCCCAACGCUUUGUUCUGUUUAACAGAAGCGUUAUUGAGGAUAGUCCUCUGCAAGUAUAUUAUUCAGCACUUAUCUUUAGUCCAGCUGGCAGUUUAACACGUCAUUUUUUUAAGGAUGAGGAGCCACAUUGGAUCACUACAAAGCCGGUUAUGGAACCUGAAUGGGGAUCCUGCCUCCAAACCCUGGAAGGCCAUAGUGGUUAUGUCAGAUCAGUGGCCUUUUCAUAUGAUGGUGCCCACAUUGCUUCUGGGUCUGAUGAUAAGACUGUCAAGAUCUGGGAUGCUGGCAAUGGAGCCUGCCUGCAAACCCUGGAAGGCCAUGGUGGUUGGGUCAGGUCAGUGGCCUUCUCAUUCGAUGGUGCCUGCAUUGCUGCUGGAUCUUAUGAUGACACAAUCAAGAUCUGGGAUGCCAGCAACGGAGCCUGUCUCCAAACCUUUGAAGGUCAAGGAUACUCUACAUGGAUCACCUGGAAUGGCCAGAACGUGCUCUGGCUGCCAUCAGAGUACCGCCCAUCAUGCUCAGCUAUUACAUCAAGCACUAUGGUUAUUGGAUGUCAAUCAGGUAUGGUUCUAAUAUUUGACUUCUCCAACAAGGCGCCUUCAUAA